UCCGGGAGUCGCCGGCGUGGCGUCAUCAGCGAGCGACCGGCCGGCGGAGCCGGGCGACGGGGCGCGGGGCCAUGCUGAGCCGGCUUCAGGAGCUGCGCAAGGAAGAGGAGACGCUGCUGAAGCUGAAGGCGGCCCUGCACGACCAGCUGAACCGUCUCAAGGUUGAAGAAUUGGCCCUCCAGUCAAUGAUUAAUUCUGGAAGGGGGCACGAUGAGAUGGUGUCUUCCCAGCCUGUAGCUCAGCAGCCCGAAGACGUCAGCUCCAUGCUGGUGCAUGUAGACAAUGAAGCAUCUAUCAACCAAACUGCACUGGAGUUAAGUACAAGGAGCCACGUGAUGGAAGAAGAAGAGGAGGAGGAGGAGGAGGAGUCAGAUUCCUAAAAAAGGAAAGGAGCCAGGGUCACACAAACGUCCAAGUCUCACUCUCUCUAAAGAAAUCAGCAUCAUCUUACCAAGAGCCAUGCUUGCUUAGAAGGGAAGCCAGGGGGCCGGCGCUGUGGCAUAGCAGGUAAAGCCCCACCCCUGCAGUGCCAGCAUCCCUUAUGGGAACCGGUUCAGGUCCCAGCUGCUCCACUUCCGAUCCAGCUCUCUGCUAUGGCCUGGGGAAGCAGUGGAAGGUGACCCAAGUGCUUGGGCCCCUGCACCCGCGUGGGAGAUCUGGAAGAAGCUCCCUGGCUCCUGGAUUUGGAUCGGUGCAGCUCUGGCCAUUGCCACAGCACCAGCCCCUUCAGAAUCUUACUAACGAGAGUGAGUGACACCGGAAAUUGCAGAUGUGGCCAUGCUGUGGCACAGUGUGCGUGGUGCUGGUCAGCAGGUCGGGCUCGUUCACUGUGUUCAGUUUCCUCUGGGGUGCUACCAAGACAUCCUGGGGUUUACAAAACUGGCAGAGUUUAAUUCAAAUCACCCUUUCCAGUCCACAGUGUGUCUCUGAGGGAAACCAGUGCAAGUUUUUGCCAUUGUAUCCUGGUGGCCGUUAGGCCGUCGGGUAUGAAAGCUGACGAGGGGAGGACUAAGGCCGCGAGUGACACCACGCAUUAGAGGGCUCUGUGGGGCAGCUGCCCCAUCCAUCUGAGGCACGCCCGGUUUCACGUGCCUGGAAGUCUACAGAGAAGCCGCAGAUCCCCUCCGGAGGGCACCCAGCAGACUGCUCCCAAGCCUGUCUCUGGCCCCUGGGAGAAGUGCCGUCAAAGAAACCGUGCAGCGGGGGAUGCUGCGUGGGCCACCACAGCCAUGUUGGAGCCCCUGGGUUCGAGGCCCACUUCUUCCCCCUUCCAGCCUCCUGCUAAUGUGCACCCUGGGAAGCAACAGGUGAUGGCUCAAGCGAUCGAGUCCCUGCCACCCAUGUGGCUGACCCAGAUUGAGUUCCUGGCUCCCAGCUUUGUCCUGGCCCAGUUCCAGUUAUUGUGGGUGUUUGAGGAGUGAACCAGUCGGUGGGAGGUCUCUGUCUCUGCCUUCCUGAUAAAUAAAAGGAGUCAAGUAAAAGAAA